GUACGACAUCCUACACAAUAUGAGAGUAGAAGAAGAACUUACCACGACUUUGACGUUUAGCAGCAGCGCUGUUCCUGACCUUCUCACUGCAGCGUGACAAACUGAAAGAUGGCCGGACGCGUUUUUGCAAGCUGGUGGUCCAAGAUGAGCCCUUACUACACUAAGGCCUACCAGGAGAUGUGGGUGGGCGUUGGCAUCAUGUCCUACCUGUACUACAAAGUUUCCUAUGGAGGCAAGAAGGCUGUGGCAGACAAGCCUGCCCAUUGAGUUUUCCACCAUGCCGACCACCCCCCCUCCACCUGCUCUGAAAUGAGGCCCAAUCGUUAGUCCAGAAGUCCAGCUUCAUGUUUGAAUUUUUGUUAAUAAUGAACAAAUAAAGUUGCUAUCUAAAAAACAA